AAAAACUAAAAUUUAUGACUAAAUCAUUGUUUUAAAUACCGUGUACGAAUGUACUAUGUAGGAAUCAUAUAAUAUUAUUGGACUUUUAAAUUUGUUAAAAUUAUUAUUAAUGGUAAACAUUUAUAACUUUGGUACGAGAAAAAUGUUCUAAAUACUUAAGUGAGUUACACUGCCACUACUAAGUACAAUUAAUGUAAUUAAUUAAUACUCACGUUUGUUUAGAAAUUAAAACUGUUCGGUGUUUUAUUUUAGAAUAUGUCUUCUGAAAUGGGACCUAAACAGGCUGGCCGGUCGGUACGUAUUCUAUUAGUUGGCGAUCGAGAUGUUGGAAAAACUUCCAUUAUAUUGUCACUGGUCAAUGAGGAAUUUUUGGAUGAAGUGCCUGGAAAGGCCGAAACAAUAACAAUUCCUGCUGAAGUAACACCUGAAUUAGUGCCCACGGAUAUUAUUGAUUAUCACGGUGAGAUCAAAAUCGAUUUAUAAAUAUUUUAUAGGUAGUUAAUAUUUUGAUUGUACAUUUAUUAACAGAAAAUGAGCAAGACCACGAAGAACUGUGUGAACAAAUACGCCAUGCUGAUGUUAUCUGUUUGGUAUUUUCUGUGGUAGAUGAGACUAGCCAACAAAAUAUAAAGGACAAAUGGAUGCCAUUAUUUAGAGAAUGUCAACUAAAUAAUGAUGUAUUUCACCCUGUUAUAUUGGUUGGCAAUAAAAGCGAUCUCAUUAAUAAUGUUUCAUUGCAUGUAAGUUCUAUAUUGUUUAUUUAUGUUACGGGCAAAAGUCAAAAUCGGACAAAUCUCAGAAAUGCCCGGACAAAACACAAAGUUUCCACAAUACUUGGGCAAAACGUUAUAUUUCUGCUUUAUCCUAAAAAACCUUUCCCGGACAAACUUAGUUAUGACCAAUUUCACUUAAGAAGAUUUCAGCUUUUGUCCCGUAACAUAAAAAUACAUACAUAUUUUUUUUUAUGAUCAAGUACAAUAAGUAUGUAUAAUAAUUACUUUUGCAUAUUUUUCAUUCAUUAUUCUUAACUUUUAAGCUUGUUGAAGAAGUUUUAUUCGAAUAUCCUGAAAUUGAAUCAUACGUUCAAGUAAAUAUUAGUUGUUUUAUUAAUACUUAAAAAAAAUAUUGAAAUCUAUUAACUACGAAUAUGUUAUAGUGUUCAGCUAAGAUGGUGAUGAAUAUUAGUGAAAUGUUUUGCUAUGCCCAGACUGCAAUUCUACAUCCUACCGCUCCAUUAUACUCCGUGGAGGAGAAAAUUGUAAGUUAUAAGUUAAUUUUUUACUUUAUAAACAAUUUGAUUAGAACAUGUUAAUAUAUCAUUAAAUCAUCAUUUCAGUUAACCGAGAAGUGUAAAAGAGCUCUAUGUCGCGUUUUCAAAGUAAAUCAUAAUUUUACUAAAAUAUCAGUUUUUUUUUCUUCUGCUUAAUUUAAAUAUGGUUUUUAGAUUUGCGAUACAGAUAACGAUGGUCUUCUUAAUGAUGAAGAAUUGAAUAAUUUCCAGCGCCACUGUUUUGAUUGUCAUUUGCCUUUACAGCAACUUAAUGGUAUUAAAACUAUUAUAAACAUGAACUGUGAACGUGGUAUUUCUCCAUCAAAUUGUGUUACCCUUGAAGGUAUUUGAUAAAUAUUGAAUAUAUGGUCACUGCAGUGUUUUAAUUGUACAUAAGCCAAAUCUAUAAAUAAAUGUUGCAAUUAUUCAUGUACUGACUGCUUUAAGUAUUUAUGUUUAACAUGUAAAAUAUUUAGUAGUUUUAAGUUUAUUUUAAUAAAAUAAUAUACAAAUAUCUUUAAAAAAUAAUACAUUUUAUUUUAAAAUUGCAGGGUUCUUGUUCUUACACAUGUUGUUUAUACUCAAAGGAAAAGCACAAACUACAUGGACUGUAAUUAGAAAAUUUGGAUAUAAUGACAGUUUAAAUUUUUCUUACAACUAUCUCCACCCCAAGUAUAUUAUAUUUAAGACCUCAUUAAUUUUACAUAAUAAUAUAAUAUGAAUAAAUAUUAAUAGUUAUUUGUUUUAUAGUUUAAAAGUUGAUAAACAUUGUACCAUUGAAUUAUCUCAUAAAGGAGAACAGUUUUUAUCUCGUUUAUUUGAUUCGCAUGACAAAGAUAGAGAUGAUUGCUUAAGUCCGGUUGAGUUAAAAUCUUUAUUUUUUAUGUGCACAGAAGAACCACAAUUAUUAAGAAAAUGUUUAUUUAAUACAAACCAUAAAGUAACUAAAAUGUUAAACAAUUUUUCGUUGAAUUUUUGAUAAUUAAACAUAACUGAAUGAUAUUAGGGAUGGAUUACUUCACAAGGAUGGCUGUCUUUUUGGUCUUACUGUACUCUAGCUGAACCUGAUACUACGUUAGCUUAUCUAGCUAUGUUGGGGUAUUGCAUGAAACCAGAAAAUCAACUUUCAGGAGUUCAUGGUAAAAAUAAGAAAAACAAAACAUGUAAUAAAAGUGCAAAUAAAAAUAAAUACAUUUUUUUCAGUUACUAGAAGUAAAAAAAUUGAUUUACUGAAGAAACAGUCUCAACGUUCAGUGUAUAUUUGUCAUGUUAUUGGAAGUAAGAGUAGUGGUAAGUCUACAAUAUGUAGGCGGCAUGUUAAAGCUACAAAAAUUGAUGUAAGUAAAAAUGUAGUUGUUGAUGCACAAAUAUGAAUUUGUAUAUAAAUUUCAGAAUGACAAUGAUGUGGCUGAAGAAUCAAAUAUAAUAUCAGUGAAUCGUGUACAAGUGUUUGGACUAGAUAAAUAUUUGGUGUUAAAAGAAAUCAACUCAAUUAAUGAAAAUUAUUAUACUAAAGAUGACAUUAAAUGUGACGUAGCUUGUUUAGUGUUUGAUAAUUCACAGAGUUGUUCAUUUGAAUAUAGCGCACAUGUUUAUUUGGUAAGUGUAGUGCUAAAUUAAAAAUAUGAUAUUUAUUGGGAUUUAACUGAACAACUAUUUACUUAUAAUUAAAACUGAAAUUCUAGUUUUAUUUGGACCAAAGGAAAUCAAGAAUUUCUUUCUUUUAUUUAUCAUAUUAAUUAUUAUUAGUGAAAAGUGAAUAUAGUAACAUUUGAUUAUUCAUCAACUGAAGUUUCAAUUUUUUAAUCAAAAUCACAAUUUACAAAUGUUAAUAUUCAUUUUUAUGCAAUAAUUCUACACAAAAUUUAUUUGAAGCAUUGAAUUAUUUUUUUCUUUUAGAAGUAUUAUCAAAACAGAGACAUCCCUGUUUUAAUUGUAGCAAACAAUAAAGGAAGGCCAAUUAUGAAACAAGAUUAUAUUCUACAACCAGAUCAAUUUUGCAAACAAAAAAAAUUGUCACCACCAUUUAUGUUUGUAAACUCAAAUGAAGGGAAAAAGCUGUACACAAAUUUGGCCACAAUGGCUUCUCUUCCGUAUGUACUGUUAAAAUUGAUUUUAUCAACAUGUUUAACAUUAAAUUAUUAAUUUUUAGGCAUAAAUAUAGUCCAAAUCAAUCUAGUCUUAUGCCAAGUUUACGAGAAACGAUUAUAUUCAUUUGGAAAACAGGCAUUGGUUUUGCUAUGGUAGCUUUGUGUGGGGUUUUAGUUGGUAAAUGUAUUGUUAAAUCAAAGAAAGAUCUGAUGAGUUAAACACAUUAAUUUUAUAAAAUAGUACAAUAUUAAUGUUUUUAGAUUUAUUAUAUUCAAAACUUUUCAAUCGUUUUAAAAUUAUUGAUUACCAUUAGAGUUUUUUUUUUUUUAAU